AAUAGUCUUCUGCAUUUUUUAAUCGCUCAAUACCUGAAUAAACAUAUCCACCAGCAACCAUGCAGUUCACACUCUUCACUAUUCUUUCUUUCGUCGCCAUUGCGAUUGCCACACCUAUUCAACUCGCAGCACGCGCAGUAGAUGCAUCGACUGCCUCAAUGACCGAUGCUCAGGGAAACGUCGUUAGCUUCGACUCUGCCAGUGUUAAUCAAGCUGCCAAGAACGCUGGCAUGUAAAUCAAUUGCAUGUCUGGAUUUAACAGCUUCCAUUCUCAAUAUAUGGACACACGGAGUUUGAACUCAAUAAACUCUUGAUGGGGAUACAUAAUGAAGCGGAUAUGGUCGAGAUAUCGUGUUGUAUUCUGUGGUUGUUGUCAGCUUGGUCUUGGAGAAACUUAUGCGGCAUAGAUUGUAUUGCGUUGGUGUUUCUUUCAU